AUGUGGUAUUCUGAAACAUUUUCUUACCUUCAUACCACCAACUUGGUAGUACUCGCUGUCUAUGCCAUUCUAAGUGUUGUCAUAUCCCUGGUUAUUCUUAAACUAUACACUUGGAUGACUACAGGUGUGUACCGCGGAACCACCAGCAUGAAAGGAAAAGUCGUGAUUAUCACAGGAUGCAACUCUGGAAUUGGGAAAGAAACGGCCAAAGAGCUAGCUAAACGUGGUGCCAGAGUAAUUAUGGCUUGCAGAAAUAUGGAGACUGGAUCAAAAGCUAGAGAUGAAAUCAUUAGUUAUAGUGGAAAUUCCAAUGUGGAACUAAUGAGACUAGAUUUAAGUAGUUUAAAUUCAGUACGCCAAUUUGCGACAAAGGUAAACAAACAAGAAUCUCGAUUAGAUGUGCUAGUCAACAAUGCUGGCGUGGCGAAUACUUUUGGAAAACAAAUUACUGAAGAUGGUUUAGAACUUACUAUGGCCACCAAUCAAUAUGGCCCAUUUUUGUUGACUCAUUUGCUUUUACCUUUGUUGAAAAAGACCGCUUCCAGCAGGAUUGUAAUCGUUGCGUCGGACCUGUAUAAGUUCGCGAAAUUGAAUUUAGCGAAUCCGAAUCCAAUAAACCAAUUGCCUGCUUACCUUUAUUACGUAUCCAAAUACGCUAACAUCAUGUUUUCAAUGGAAUUGGCUCGUAAACUGGAGAAAAGCAAUUCAGGGAUCACGUGUAAUUGUCUUCAUCCUGGUAUCAUUGACUCUGGAAUUUGGAGAAAUGUGCCGUUUCCAUUGAAUUUGGGCUUGCAAGUUAUCGUCAAAACUAUGUUUAAGACUUCAGAGCAAGGUGCACAGACAACAAUUUACUUGAGUGUAAGCGAAGAUGUGGCCAAAACCAGUGGGAAAUAUUUUAAAGACUGCAAAGAAGCCAGUUUGAGGAGUGAUGUGAUAGACGAAGGAAAUGCAAAGAAAUAUUGGGAAAUCUGCGAGCAACUUGUGAAACUCCAACCUAAUGAUCCAAGACCAUAGUUUUGUGUUUAUUGAUCAAAAACGAUGUUUGAGUAAUAUGAAUGUGUAUCUCUACUUGUUUUGGUACAACUAUUAUAAUUAAUCUUCUUUUAUACGAUAAGAUUUUAAAAUAGACUUCUGUUUUUGUUAAUAUUUCAAG